AUGAAUGGCCCGGACUCCAGGCAUCAUUCUUAUGCGAGCAUGCCGAACGUUUUGUUUGAUUAUGUAUGUGUAUUUAAUGAAAAAGCGCGCUUACUCUCAGGUGCACACCUGUUAAGGCGCCGAGGCCGUGAGAUUGCAGCGGCAGGAAAUGAUGGUGAGCCGCCGCGUGUACACAGAUUCAGAUAUGCUAAGAACGUGCAGAUCAGGGCGGCGAACGUGCACGGUAGAGUCGCGUAUGCCCGCGCCGAAGCCGUAGGCGUGUGUACAUCGCGCUUCGCCACUGCUCGCAUUCGAAUUAAAGAUUUA